AUGUCCCUAACUCUGGUUGAUUACAAGAGAAUCUACUAUCCGAAAUGUGAAAUAGACAACAGUUUCCUUGCUUCGUGGCAAGGAUUAGCUUACACUAGUCAUUCGAUUCAAGUUUUCGUUCUGCCUAUUCAAAUUCUCACUUUCUGGUUGAUAGUGAAGAAGACACCCGACUCGAUGAAAUCAGUGAAAUGGCCGUUGUUCGUGGUACAAUUCUGGUGCACUAUUCUAGAUAUUACAGUUGGUUUUCUUAUUACUCCUUAUAUUUUUCUCCCUUCCAUUGCUUUUGCUGGAGUUGGUAUUUUCAGUUGGUUGGGUAUAUCUCAAACCGUUCAGUUGACAUUUUUACUAAUAUUGACAGCAGUGUUGAAUGUCUCCCUGAUUUAUUUAUUCGAAAGUCGUAGCAGCUCAAUUGAAAAUAACAUUUUCAAACUAAGAAGACGAUUCUCCAAAUGUAUUUAUUACUGCUGGAACUUUGCGGCUAGUUCCAUUAUUCUAUUCUCUCUCGCUCAUAUUCCAACAAAUCAAGAAGAAGCAAAACUCAAUCUCCUAGAAUCGAAUCCCUGCCCAACUCCAGAAUUCUUUACACUUCCCGUUCUUGUAUGGCUGACAGAUCAGUAUUGGAUCAGUAUAACAUUCUCUCUGAUGAGUCCUCUCAUUCUUCUAAAUGCUGCUGGAAAUGUCACUUUCCAUGCUAUCUGCUCUAUUUACUAUCUUUAUUUGGCCCCUUCUACAGUAAUAUCCAUUCAAACAAGACAACUUCAACGAAGAUUUUUCUUUGGAGUUGUUAUUCAGACUCUGGUUCCAACUGUUAUUUGUGGUAUUCCCUAUAUAAUUAUCUCGUUGGCAUCUGCAUCUGAUAAAAUAACACAAGAAGUCACUAAUUUCCUGGUUAUUGUUAUUGGAUGUCAUGGAUUCGUUCAAAGUAUUACUGUAAUUUUAGUACACAAAGCAUACCGACAUCAACUCAAAAUGUUCUUACUUGGUUUGACUAGAAAAAAUGGAAAUGUCAUGCCGAAACACGAAAAAGUCACUAAUCUACAAGGAAAUAUUCGCAGAAAGCAGAGUGUUGCUUUGUGA